CAUACCGUUUACCCGCAACGCGCCACACGAAACGCACGCCUACACCGCGUCAGACGCCGCCGACGACUUUGACGACAUCAGCGCACAUCGAGCACGCUGUGGGCAUAUCAAGACAAGAACAAGACGCUUACGACUUCCGCGAUUCGCAUAGACAAGCAUGACAAGCAUGGACACGGACCCAUCGGGCUCAGGCAACUGGCGUUUCGCGCAGUGCUUUGGUGACAAGGGCGAGGUCGAGGAUAUCACAGAAGCCGACAUCAUCUCUACGGUGGAGUUCGAUUCAACAGGCAAUUAUCUCGCGACGGGCGACAAGGGCGGUCGGGUUGUCUUGUUUGAGCGCAACGAGUCGAAAAAGGGAUGCGAGUACAAAUUCUACACGGAAUUCCAAUCGCAUGAGCCAGAGUUCGACUACCUCAAGUCGCUGGAAAUCGAGGAGAAGAUCAACAAGAUCAAGUGGUGUAGGCGGAUGAACGCGGCCCACUUCUUGCUUUCCACCAACGACAAGACAAUUAAGCUGUGGAAGGUCUUCGAGAAAUCGUUGCGAGUAGUCUCGGAAUCGAACUUGCACGAUGGACAACGACCACUGCCGCCACCCACGGCGAAGUCGAAUCUGCGGUUACCCCGGAUGACGCAUCAAGACAAUAUCAUUGCAGCUGUACCGCGCAAAGUCUACUCUAAUGCGCAUGCGUAUCACAUCCAUUCGAUAUCCGUGAACUCCGACCAGGAGACGUACAUCAGUGCGGACGACUUGCGAAUCAACCUGUGGAACUUGAAUAUCAGCGACCAGAGCUUUAACAUUGUGGACAUCAAGCCCGCGAAUAUGGAGGAGCUCACAGAGGUCAUCACUGCGACGGAGUUCCAUCCAACGCAGUGCAAUCUCUUCAUGUAUUCGAGUUCCAAGAGCAAUAUCAAGCUGGCGGACAUGCGAGACUCUGCUCUCUGUGACCGUCAUGCGAAAUUGUUUGAAGAGGAAGAGGACCCAUCGAACCGGACCUUCUUCUCUGAGAUCAUCUCAUCCAUUUCGGACGUGAAGUUCAGUCAUGACGGCCGAUACAUCCUGUCUCGGGACUACCUCUCGCUUAAGAUCUGGGAUAUCAAUAUGGACACGAGACCUGUGAAGACAAUCCCUAUACACGACCACCUCAGAGGCAAGCUCUGCGAUUUGUAUGAGAAUGACUGCAUAUUCGACAAAUUUGAGUGUAUCUGGGGAGGAGAUGACAAACACGUUUUAACGGGGUCCUACCAUAACUACUUCCGGAUCUACGACGUGGACACCUUGAACGACGUCGUUCUGCAGGCAGACAAGUCGGCGUUCAAGGCGAAGAAGAUUGGUGGACCGUUGCCUGGCAAUAAACCUGGAGCAAAGAAUGGGAUGCGUGCUGGUGGGCUGCGGGACGCAAUGCAGAUGGAGACCUUGGAUUUCAACAAGAAAAUCCUGCAUGCGAGUUGGCAUCCGAGAGAAAACACGAUUGCGAUUGCAGCGACGAACAACUUGUUCUUGUACAGCGCUGCAUAGUCUCUGUCGUAUCUCUCACCUGUGCUUCCUGUUCCGUGCCCCAUCGCAAGUCUCCUUCCUCUGCCAUGCUUCCGUUACGCACGCAUCUCCUACCACGUUUCACAUAGAACAGUCUCAUUGGGACGCCGGAUAGAGAUACCAGGGACAGGGACAGCCACUGACCGAGAGCCAUGGACUCCUUCAUUCGUCUUUCACCCUUCUUCAUUCCCUCGUUGCAUCUGCUGCUCGUACGCCUGCACCAAUCUUAUCUAUUCUCGCUCCUUCCCCUCUUACCUCCCCUUCCCCUCUCGUCACACGUCCGUCCGUCCGCGUAUCCUAUUCCGCCGUUACUCUGGUCUGUAUCUUAGGACUUUCUCUCACUCAUCGAUAUCGUCGUCUCGCAGCAAGGUCAAGAUUCAAGAAGGAGAAGAAUAAAAGAGCAGUAGAAGUACUACAUAUAUCUGGGGCGCGUGGUAUAGUUUUGGAAGAAGCAAGUAAUGAAUAAAUG